AUGUCUUCAUGUCAAGCAGAAGCUUCUUUAAAAAUUUCUCAUAUGCUCGCAAAGAAAAAGCCCUUACAGGAUGGAGAUUCAUAUGGCUCAAUGGAGUACCUGUUUAGAAUUGAUAAGGCAACUAUCUCCAAAUUUAUUCCAGAAACGUGCAUUGCCAUUUAUUCUGUGUUAAAAGACUAUAUUCAAGUUCCAACAACAGAAGAGGAGUGGCAAGACAUUGCCAAAAAAUUUGAGGAAAGGUGGAACUUUCCUAACUGCAUCGGAGCUCUAGAUGGCAAACAUGUGAUAGUGCGCCACAAAAGAAAAUAUGGAUCACAAUGCUUUAAUUACAAACUUACGAACAGUAUUGUACUUUUUGCCCUUGUUGAUGCAGACUGUAAUUUUAUUUACAUUGAUGUGGGCACCAAUGGCAGGGUGGCAGACAGCACCAUUUUUUCAAUUUCUGAGCUUCGUGGUGCACUUGAAAAUAAUGCCCUAGGUAUUCCACCUCCCUCAAAAUUACCUAUGAGCAACGAAAUUUUGCCCUACGUAAUUGUGGCUGAUGAAGCUUUCCCUCUAAAAAAUUAUCUAAUGAAACCUUACCCAAGAAGGGAGCUUAGUCAGUUGAAGAAAGCCUUCAACUACAGAUUAA